AAAUUCUGACGGGCCCAAAAGUUCGCCCUAGCAACGUCUUCUAGGGUUUUUGAACGUACUUCGCGCACUGAUUCUGGUCUCGCACAGCCAUGCCUCGGUAUUACUGCGAUUAUUGUGACACUUACUUGACACAUGAUUCUCCAUCAGUCAGGAAGCAGCACAAUUCAGGGUAUAAACAUAAGGCAAAUGUGAGAUCGUACUAUCAGCAAUUUGAAGAACAACAAACUCAAAGUUUAAUUGACCAAAGAAUUAAGGAACAUCUUGGCCAGGCUGCAGCAUUCCAGCAGGUUGGUGCUGCCUACAAUCAACAUCUUAUGGCUCAGAGGCCUCGCCUUCCUAUCCUACCAACACCUGGAAUGCCACAAUUACCGAUUAAUCCACAACUUAUUCCUGGAAUGAGACCUCCUAUUUUGCCUAGACCAUUUCCUGGUGCUCCAGGUUAUGUUACUGCUCCAGGCAUGCCACCAAUGAUGGCACCACCUGGUGCUCCCCCAGUACCUGGUCAAUUAAAUGGUCUUCCCAGACCUCCUACACUAGCUCCUCCGACAACAGUCCCUGGGACUGCCGCAACACCCUCUCCUUCUAGUGGUACCCCUUCAAUGGUUACACCCGCAGUCUACCAACCCAAUCCAGCUGCUCCUACCAGUGGAGGCUUUGAAAAUUACAGUGCCAAUGCUCCAGCUCCUGAGGGUAAUCCUUAGUCUGUUUCAACUGGCAGGCAGAUGAACCUGACAAUAUCAGUUUUCUGAAGUGAUGCCCCUUAGGUUUUCCGUUUGUCCUGUACGGUAUCAGAUUCUCGAUUCCUGCAUGCUGCCAAACGUUGUAGUUAUUCUGUAAUCAUUUUUGGACAUGUUAUUGAACUUUGAAUGGUCCAGUUGUUAUUUGUGAUGAAAGGGAUCCUUGGCCCAAAAAUCAUAGACCAAGUGUUUUGCAGAUGGCCUAGUUCCAAUUAGUAGCAAGCAAGUCUACUGCAGUAUCUGUUGCUAAGCAAGAAUAGAAAAUCUGGUUAAAGUGAUGCAAGGGUGCUCGGUGUAGUUAAAUGGGGUUUUAUCCUUAUGUGAAUGAGACUAUGUUCUCUAGAUUAAGGGGUUCGUUCUCAUCUUGAAUGGGAUUAUGUCACGUUAAACUACAGGGAUUUAUGGUAGUUGUUGUGCUAUGCCUUCUUUCAAAGUAUGUACAAUACAUGGUGCAGGAAUAUACAGAUAUUACGGUGAUGUUG